AUGCCAAAAGACAAGAAGAAAGAAGAAGUAACGGAAGUUGAACAUGUCGACCGGAACAUUUCUUCGUUUUCGCAGAUUUCUCAUUUGAUCGAUGCUGAAAUCAUAACUCGCCUUUCUUUGAGUCACAAUAAGCUCACUGUUGUCCCUCCAAACAUUGCGGAUUUGAUCAGUCUUCAGUCUUUGAACUUGUGGAACAAUCAAAUCGAAGAGCUUCCUCCAUCGAUUUCUUCUCUUCCAAAACUUCGAAUUCUCAAUGUCGGAAUGAAUAAAUUGACCAAACUCCCAAAGGGAUUUGGAUCAUUUUCUGAAUUGGAAAUUCUCGAUUUGACCUACAACAACUUGAGUGAACGAUCUCUUCCAGGAAACUUCUUCUUCAUGCAAACUCUUCGGGCCUUGUAUUUGGGCGACAAUGACUUUGAAAUGCUCCCAGGAGACGUUGAGAAUCUAACAAACCUUCAAAUUCUGGUUCUUCGUGAGAACGAUUUGCUCACUUUGCCAAAAGAAUUGGGGAAGUUGACUCGUCUUCGUGAGCUCCAUAUUCAAGGAAAUCGUCUUGCAAUGAUUCCACCAGAACUCGGAAAUUUAGAAUUGGUUGGAUCGAAACAAGUACUCAGAUUGGAGCAUAAUCCCUUCAUUCCGAGAAUUCAGGAUCAAUUCGAUGAAAAUGGAGCUGCUGGAGUGUGGGCUCACAUCAGAACUGACGACUACAGAUACUUUUUCGGACGUCAAGAACCAUCCUCCACUCCAGUUCCACCAAAAAGAAAUAAGGAAAAGAAGGUUUCCAGAAAAGGAAUUCAACAAGCGUAA